AUGCCUGAGUCUCUGAAACAACCAGCGAAUAGACUAAAGCAAAGGUCUCACCCCUUGCAAGAGUCCCAGAUGCCAAGAAAAUUACGCAUCAUGUAUGACGAUCCUGAUGCUACUGAUUCAUCAUCUGAAGAUGAGGCAGAGUUGAUUGUGAAGCCCAAAAAAACAAAACGAACCAUUCUUGAGAUGUCACUUCCCCCUGUUCCUGCCAUCCCUAUCUCCUCCGGAACUAGCUCGUGUGAGGAGAAUAACAACAGCAAUGCAUUUAAGACUGGCAUUGAGGGUCAGCCUCAAAACAGGAAGAGGGUUUCAACCCAAACCCCACCAAGGAGGAGGCGAUCACCUGCGAAAUACAGAGGUGUUCGGCAGAGGAAAUGGGGAAAGUGGGCUGCUGAGAUUCGUGAUCCGUUUAAGAGGGCCCGUAUCUGGUUAGGCACUUACGACACUGCAGAAGAGGCUUCCCAAGCUUACGAGGCAAAAAGGCUUGAUUUUGAAGCUAUGGCAAAGGCUCAAGCCCACAAUAAUGGCUCUUCUGCAGCACCCUUGGCUACAACUUCUGAUAAGCAUAACUACUGUAAAUCUUCUGCUGCUGCAGCAUCUGUAACAGAAAAGUUUUCUACUACUUUCGAGGACUUAGAGAGCAUGUUCUCACGCACAUCACCAUCCUCUGUGCUUGGGUCAGAUACCUUGGCUUUCAAUUCAAUUGAGAAGGGUAAUAUUUCCAGCAAUGAAGCUGUUGAGGCCAGUGAUUUGGUGGCUGAACUGGCGGGGUUGGAAAUACCAGAUUUGAAUCUGUUGAAGAAGCCUCCACCAUCUGCUGCUGCUGCUCCAUCUGGGUCUGAGCCCAUCCUUGGGCUUGAUUUUGAUUGGUUACCGUUUGAUGAUAAUGGGGAAAGUUUUGAUGAUCUUGGUGGCCUGGAGGAUAUUCAAAUUUGUGGGUUUGAUGACAAUGAGACUAGUAAGCUUCCUGAUUUCGAUUUUGGUGAUUUUGGUCCUGAUGAGUUUGCUGAUUGGACUGAGGAACCCCGCAAUAAACCUUGA